ACCGUGGCGCGUGUUUGCAGCAGUGCUUCGCAGGAUUUCGCAGUGUCGAGUGUUGAAGAUUUUUUUAAACUUUUUUAGUGUUUUUUAUUCCUGCUGGCAGUAUGAAGGGCAGCGUGGUUUUAUGUCUGAUGUUCGUUAGUGUUUUGCACGGAUUGCCGGCUGCACCAUCAAAAAAAGACGAGGUGGAACUGGUUCCAAGAAAAGGUUCUCCAUUUGGAGAUCAACCAAUCGUAGAUACAGGAGCCCUUUUUCCAGAGGACGAUGAAGGCCUUUUCGGUGGAUUUCAAUAUUUCCAAAGUUUGAUGACAAGGAUUAGACAACAGAUGGACGAUUUACUUAAAACCCUACCAUUCCACGGCUCAUCUAACGAAACCGAUUUUGGAGGUUUACCUAUUGGAGGCGGUUUGCCCAUUGUACCAAGGUUCCCGUCCGUAGAUUUGGGUAAAGGAAACACCACUUCUGUUACCAAGGUAAUAGACGGGCACAAGGUGGUGAUUAACGAAACCGAGUACAAGAAGGAGGACGAUUUUGGCGGGGCAUACCUAAAAGUACGCAUUGUGGACCUGCAACCCGAUAGUUCUGAAGCAGUAUCAGCAGAAGAAGACUCGUCUGAACCUUCGGCAGCUGCAGCUUUGGACAAGGAGGUGACAAAAGACAGGGAACCGAUCGAAACCAACAGCUUCGAGAACGAAAUUCCGAAAGGUCGCGAGGAGUCAACCACAAGCCUUGAAACAUUCGAUGAAAUCGACUCCUCCACCACCCCUCAAAAAUUCCCAGAAGAACUACAAUCUCACGACUUGAGGGGGGACACAAACGUGAACAAACUGGUAUCAGACAAAAGCAAAUAUUACAACCCAGACGCCGAGUUUAUCGAUAAAGAACCCAUAAUUAUACCCGUAGAUUUAAAUAGAGAUACCUACAUCAAUGAUCUAGCAGCAAGAUUUGGAAAACCGAUUAAUCCAGAUGCCGAGGUGUUUAUUCCAGAAAAAAAUACUCUGGAAGAUUUCGACGAGACAAUCCAAAGACAACCAAUAAGAUAUGACAACAUCGAAUCUUUUGAUGAUGAAGACAACACAGUUUAUCCAACAUACUACAAACCCGUUGAUCUAUCUCGUGAUACCUUGGUAAACGAGUUGCUGGAAAAUAAAAUGCAAAGCUACAACAAGGACUCUGAGUUCAUCCCGCCUUCGUUGCAAUAUCAACCGAAAAAAAUCCAAAAACUCGAAAGCUUGGAAGAUGAAGACAAAAACCCACCAAACCUUUCUGGUGACGUUUAUGUCAACCAGUUGGCAGCAAUGUCCGGAAGACCAACUGAAGAGUUGGCCGAGCUUGUGGAUUUGGAGGGGAGGAGGAUAGAACAGCCCAAGUAUGAAUAUAGAAGAUUUAGAUGAGGAUAUGGAUGUUGUAACAUUUUUUUAAUUGACUGAAUACUCAUUUUGCCAAAAUUUACUUGUUAAAGCACACUGGAAAAAGUUUACAUUUUAAAAUUAAUUUGACAAAAACUUUCUUUCAGUGUACAGUGUGAUAAUACUCAUCAUCUAAUUUAUUAUUUAUAAUUACCCUAUUUUUAUAAAAUAAACCACUAAGAAACAA